CUCCUACCGGGUUGACAGGGGAAGCAAAUAUGAGGGUGGACAGCACUGGAAGGAACGUGUGCUAGUCACGUUAGCCGAUACAGACUGUACUUUACAUGUUUUUGUGUGUAAUGUGACUCUGUGGAUAUUACUUUUUGUCUUGCGGAAUAGUUGAGGAAGUGCUCGGUAUUACCUCGAGAGACUCAUUUGGAUGUUUUUUAAGGUAAAGUCGUAAAGGAAGAGACCGGCCUUAAGCUUGUGUGUGUUAGCUGGCGUUCACUCAUGAGGCUGUUGACCUUGCUGCCAAUGAAGGAGUAUUACCUGUGAUAUGUGUUGAUAACGCACUGUAUGCUAACAGGAAGUAAAUACAAGUGUUACAGUGUUUUCCAACAGUUAUAACUUCCCUGUGUAAUCAUGAAGUUGUCAAAUUAAGGACCUUAGAUUGUGUUAUUUAAGUUCUAUAAUGUGGAGGACAGCAGAACUCGUGAGGCUGGGGAUCCGUUUCUCCAGUCCCAGGUCUCUGUGCCAACCGUGCAGCAUUCUCAUGAAAGCACCCCUGAAGGACAGAGUUUUCCCUGUUAAAAAGCUGGCACACAAUCUUAGUUUGAAGGGGAGUGCUGUCAGCUCAGUGAGGUUUUACUCCCAGGAAAGGACUGACAGUGAAGAGCAUCCCUCCUCUUUGCCUCCUGCUGAGGUACAAGCAGGUGAUGAUCAAACUUCAAGGAGCCUUCAGACAAAGUAUUUCCUGGAGUCCCUGCACCAAUGCACCUCCCCGGUAGAUGUGUUAGACUUCAGCAUUCAGCACGCAGUCACAUUCCGACACGUCAGUAGCUGUCUUGUCUGCAUGUGGUCCAGCACUAAGAAGAUGACAGAGGAGCAGCGGAACUACGAGCUGCAGCUGGCGUUUGAGCAUCCAGGGUUUGAGCCGCUGCUGCAAAAGGUCAUGAGGAGCGCAGGAUAUAUGCGCAGUCGGGAUUUGGGUCUUAGUCUUUUAAGUAUGCUCAAAUUGGGAGUCCCCCAGCAAAGCCGAGUUAUCCAGACCCUCCUUCGAUGCUGCCAGGUCAGUGGAAACGUUUUUUUUUUUCUCCAGUGAGCAAACCUGGAUUUUUGUUCUCUUGUUUGUUUUCAUGUGCUUUAUUGUUCCCUAACAGGAGACGCUGAAUGACUUUGAUGAGAGGGCGCUGUCCGUCUUGGCCACCUGUUUGGAACAUCUGAAGGAUAGCCCGAAUGUUUCUUCGCUGAGGGACGGCGUGAGGUCAGGAUUUGGGGACACUGGUUCAGAAAAAUCAAACCUUUAAGCUUCAGAAAUACUUUGCAUUACUUUGUAGAUUUCGCUGCAGUUUUUUCAGAUUGUCAAUCUAAAGUUUGGGGUCUUUUUAAGGUUGGUAUUCGAAAUCAGACUCCCUGAGAUUAAGGAUGUGUUUGCUUUCCAAACCAUGAUGCGUGUUCUGGGGAAGGACGCCCCUCCGGCCUUCAGACGUAAACUAGAGGUUGGUGACCGAAUUAUGUUCAACAUUUAUCUCAAAAGACAGAAAAACAAACCAUCUAAAUAUAGAAUACUUAUGUACCUGUAUAUACAAAUGACAUUAGCCAGUGGAUUGAAGUAGGGCUGGGCGAUAAAACGAUAUGUAUCAAAAAUUAAUUUCCCUCAAUAUCAAUAUAAAACAUGGUCAAUAUACUUUUCGAUAGUCUGCAUUCUGCCAUAUUUUGGUAGACUAUACGGAUAGCCAGUGAAAAAGGGAGUUGUUCCAGGUAGCACUGUGCUGAACCAAUCAUAAUAAUAAUAAUAGAAACAAAAAGCACUGUUAAAUCUCCGUUUUUUAUAUCGUGAUAUAUAUCGAUGUCGACUUAUACUUUUUCCCAUAUCGCCCAGCCCUAGAUUGAAGGUGGAUCUGAGUCCAGACAUCAGGAUGAGCUCCUGGCACUGGUCUACUUUGUGCUUUAUCUCUUUGUAACUCGAAGUUUCUUGAACUCGUGGUUCAGACUUUGCUGUAUCUCUAACCUGUUAUAUUCCAAUCCCUCCUCCAGGUUAAGGCUCUUUCGAUGAUAGACCAGUUCAACCCCAUCAACUGUCAACACAUGAUCUGCAAUAUGGCCACAAUGGAGCUCCACUCCAGACCUCUGCUGGAGAUCUGUUCCAAGAAGGUCCGAGGUAAGACCUCGAAGUCCUUUUGAAGACAGUUGAAAGAUUUGUGCGCACAGAGCAGGAGACAGACACUUAAUAAUCCACCCUUAAAAGUUUUUUUUUUUAAAUCUUGAAUCGAUCUGCUUUCAUGUUAUUUCGUCCCUCUUUUGUAGAAAACCUUCAUGGCAUCCCAUUCAACAGACUUGUGGCGGUUCUUAUGGCCUACAAGGAUCUCUCAUACAGAGACUUUGGUCUGUUCACUGACAUUUCAGACCACCUGGCAUCUGUGAUUGACAUCUUUACAAACAAACAGGUGCUGCAACAGUUUCAACAUUAAGUGCUUUAAAAAAAAAAAAGUGUUUGUCCACAUUUUUCUGAUGUCUUUUCUGUUGCUCCAUUCAGGUGGUCCUUUUUCUGUCAGUAUUUGAGAAGUUCAACUUCAGUCCUGAUGCGUUAAUGGAGGCUUUCGCGGAGAAAGUGAUCGCGGAUCCAGAUUCUCUGACACUGAGGCACCUCGUCUGUGUCCUCAAGGUGUACUCGUCUCUGAAUUAUGAUCUGCAGCAUCGGAGACAGCAGUAGGUCACGCCUAUGUCUAUUAUGAUUUUACUCGUGAAGAGACUCGAGUCUUUGAACAGAUAAAUGUAUGAUCUUUAUUCACACCUUACUUUGGAGAAGCAAACUUUAAUAAAUUUACAAAUAUACCCUAAAUUUAGGUCAGUAGAUGUGUCACGGCUUAAAAAAGCAAAAGCUGUUCUGGAUAAGCUUUUUGAAGAGCUGUGGAAAGUUUGUUUACAGAAAAAUAUCAUCAAAGACUCAACAGAAUUGGUGCAGGAGAAACAUCAGUUCUUCGUUAAAUCGUAAUUUUCUGAUCAUCUUCAAAUAGCCGGCUAAUCUUGGCUUCAUGUUGCAGGUUUCUGGACAGCGUCACUCGCGUCCUUGAGUCGUAUCUCCCCAACAUGUCCAAACCUGAGCUGUUGAAGUGUGUUUAUUCUUUGUGUCAACUGAACCACUUUCCCCCCGCACCGCUGGAGCUGCUCCUGCAGGAGAGCACACUGGAGCAGUUGAAGACCACAAGUAAGACUAUCUCAUUUUUCAUCACGUCAUUCAUCUCUUUUUUUUUUUUUUUACGAAAGAGAAUUAGAGCCACAUGACUUAAGACUUUAAAAUUUCGAAUUUAAUCUCGAAAUGUUUCUCCCUUGUGACCCUAAUCCUCUUUUGUACCUUUUUUAUCUGCUGCUUCUAACUGCUUCUUUUUUUCCUCUCAGCGCCAAAAUCGCUCAGGCACCAGGACAUGAAGCUUCGGUUAGUGGACAUGUGCCUCCGUCUUGACCGCCCUCCGCUCCCUCAGCCUCUGACUGUGCCCUCAUCUGACCAGGAGGACUCCUCCGUCAUUAGUUCAUCUGAAAACCCAGUGCUCUCACAAUUGCUGCAGGAAAUGUUUGGGGAUCAGGAGGACAGGCUGCUACAGCAAGCUGUGGUGGAGGAGAACUUCUAUGUGAUCGGUAAGACAGAUACUUAGAGUUAGAGAAUUCAAGUUAGAGGCUGAAGUAAAUCUUCUUUACAUAUACACUACAGGCCAAAAGUUUGGAAGCAAGGCAAUUACAGGCCGAAAGUUUAUAUAUAUGAAACUAUGAUCUUUUUUUGUACAAAUCUGAUCUUGCUUCCAAACUUUUGGCCUGUAGUGUAUCUGCCCCAAAGUGUGUUUAAAAAAGAUCCCAUAGUCAGAACUCUCUGAAUUGAGAUGUCCAAAAAAUUACAGAUUUUUUAUACAUUCCUGAUUAGUGUCAACUCUCAUCCCUGCAAUUUGUUUUUCAGUUCUGAGAAAUGGUUUGAAAUCAAAUUCAGGCUCGUUUCCACGCUGUGGUAAUAACUGUCUGUGUUUGUGCGUGCUGCCUCUCAGAUGGUGUGAUAACCAAAGUGAGGCCGCCUGCAGCCGAGGCCGCCAGUCCUGCAGGAGAGGAAGGUUCUCCAGCAGAGAGCAGUCGGAGGUAAAGUUUCAGUAUCAGCAUGCAGCAGAUAUCAUCACCACAGCUGUCUUGCUCAAAUGCGAGGUGUUAUGUCGCUGUCAUGUUUUGUUUUCAAUCAUAUGUGCUCAUGCAAUGUUGACGUAUGUAAAAGCAGGUGGAGAGGAUGUUUGCAGGUUGUGAUUUCAUGGAGGAUCAACUUAAACUCAAAAACAAAAACGUUCUCCUUUUUGUAACAUUUAUGAACCUUUUAUGUUUUGCAUAUUUGCUUAUUUUCAGUCUUCGCGAUGAUUCAAAACUCACUUUGUCAUCAACGAAAUAAGAAAAUACCAGAUUUGAUAUGCAGCAAUUUUUCUACUGCGUCAUCUGAUGCAUCUUUCCAAGCUAAUCUAACCAGUCGUAUCAUUACGCAUGAGAAAGAAGAACAGGCGUUGCAUGAACUGAUAAGAAAAAACUAACUUCAUAAACAGUGUUAAAAUCUCAAGCUCAGGAUCUGCAAAGAGACAAAGUCAGGUUUCACAUUGUUUUAUCUCUGACAUUUUAACCAAACCCUCACUUUCAUAUCAUCAGACCUAGAUCUAAAUUCAAAUGUUCGCCUUUCUAAAGCAGAGAAACUCUCCUCUUUAUCUCUAGAGUUGCAGUAUUUGGCGCAACAUCCUCUAGUUUCUGCUUCGGUACCUCUCAUCCACGUGGUCUCCUGGCUACCAAGAUCCGCCAUCUGAGGAUUCUGGGAUAUGACCCUGUUUUGGUGAGACUUGUCAUCUUCUGAGAAUCUAGUAUAUGUUUCAUAUUUAAAUCUUUGUUAAUGCACUUAAGGUGUUGAACAAUUCAACUCUAGUAUCUAUUCAUUCAUAAAAGAAAUUUGGAAGAUUUUCAAAUGAGCAUCACAUUUAAAAUGGGUGUUUAGUUUUCAUAUAUUUGACCUCAAAUUUGAUAUUUUGUUGUCUUAUUUUGAAGUAAAUAUUGCCUUCAUGACGUUUGAGACGAUUAAAUUGUUUUUGUUAACAUUUUAUCAAGCAUCCUAAUACUUGACAAAGAUGGAAAUUUAAACUUGCUGGCAUUUAAUUGCUAGUUUCUUUAGAUUGUCAUCAAUAAGGAUCCUCGAUAUUGAUAUAUGUUUUCAUCCUCUUCUCCAGGUGAUUGAGCCCAUGCUGCGUCGCAUGCCUCAGGAACAGAGGACAGAGUUUUUGAGGGAACAGAUUUUUCCAGACGAACACCAAUCAGAAACACGCUCUGAAACAGAGAAACUGGAAUCGUGAGGUCUAAUUUCAGUGUCAAGCUUAACAAAGAGCACAGACUGUGUAUUGCUUCUCAAACCUUGUAAGAAAUAAGAGUGAAUAAAGAAAUUCUACAAAUGAUUAAAAAUUACAUAGCUCAGAAAUUGUGGAUUUUUUAAUGGUUACGGUGAUCCUUUAGGCAAACAGGUAAGUACAGAUAGGCGUUAGUUUAAGGGUAAAAACUGCGCCAUUGAAGGAUCGAUUGUAAAGAAUCAAAGAUGCGUCAAAAACUGACAAAGAAGAACUUUAACCCUCUUUAAAAAACACCUUUAGACUUUUGUUUUUCGCAUGUGCAGCAUCCUCUCUUAAACGUGCAACUCUGCAGACAUGGAAAAAAAAUCCUCUUUGAAGUGAAACAUUUGCUUUUUAUCAUCUUUCAAAGUCCCCGAAUAUCUUAAAGUCCUAACAGAAACGAUAUGCAAAUCUUGCUGAUGGUUGCGUAAGUUGAUGAGUAACACCGUUCUGCUGAAUAAAACCAAUAAAACCA